CGCCGAUAUUCAAAAGGAGACGAGACGGGAUACAGAAGGAACUUUGGAUAAUUCUUGGCAAUGGAUGCAGAACUUGCCUUCAAGACCCCCAGCAAACCAUCUGAGAGAAAGAAGGCAGGACCAGAUAGUUCUCCAGCUUUAAUAUCUAUCCCAGCUUCUCCCUUCAUGCAGAAGCUUGGCUAUGGAACUGGAGUCAAUGUUUAUCUCAUGAAAAGGUCCCCAAAAGGCAUCUCUCACUCCCCCUGGGCUGUGAAGAAAAUAAAUCCUAAAUGUGACUCCGGUCAGCGAAAUACAUAUCAGAAAAGACUGAAUGAAGAAGCUAAGAUUCUAAAAGACCUUCUACACCCAAACAUUGUGGGAUAUCGUGCAUUUACUGAAGCCAAAGAUGGGAGCAUGUGCCUUGCCAUGGAAUACGGGGGAGAAAAAUCUCUCAAUGACCUCAUAGAAGAGAGGAGAGCACAGCACCAGGGGCCCUUCCCAGCUGCCACCAUCCUCAAAGUUGCCUUGCACAUGGCAAGAGGGUUGAAGUAUCUACACAAUGACAAAAAAUUGCUUCAUGGAGACAUCAAAUCUUCCAACAUUGUCAUUAAAAGUGACUUUCAGUCAAUAAAGAUCUGCGAUGUGGGUGUUUCGUUGCCUCUGGAUGAGAACAUGACGGUGAGUGACCCAGAGGCCCACUAUAUUGGCACUGAGCCCUGGAGACCGAAGGAAGCUCUGGAGGAAGAGGGCAUCAUCACCGACAAGGCUGACAUCUUUGCAUAUGGGCUGACUCUGUGGGAAAUGAUGACACUUUCCAUACCUCACGUUAUCCUUCCUGGAGAUGAUGAAGUAUCAGAUGAAGAUGCUUCUUUUGAUGAGGAUGACUUUGAUGAAUCUGCAUACUACGAGGCUCUUGGGACCCGGCCACCACUCAACGUGGAAGAGCUUGGCCCACUCUAUCAAAAUGUCAUUGAGCUGUUCUCUCUGUGCACCUUUGAGGAUCCGAAAAAACGCCCUGCAGCUGCACUCAUUGUCGAUUGUUUAGAGGCCCAGGGAUCCAUGCAAUAAGUGUUCCUGCACUACGGUGGCAGCUUCCCUUAAUUUUUCUUGAAGUUUCUUCUUUUGGCCGCCAUUGAAAUUAAUAAACGUUGGAUGUAUAUAGUUUACUUACAUAGAGAAACUUGAGGAUACCUUUACUUAAAUGCACAGAAAACGUUUGGUUUUAACACUACUGUGUAAACAUUUUAUAGUUCUGAAAGAUGGUUCCAAGAAGGUUCUUCAGGAGCGGCAAUACUUUGACUUACUGAUAAACUGAUGCUUUAGGAACCUCUGGAAGGCUCCCUGUUGUAUCAUAUCUUUUCUCCAUCCCUCUCCCCCAUUGUGUUGUUAAGUAAUUUCUGUUCACUUAAUUCUUGUGAUUCAUAAACUCUUUUGAG